UCUUUCCUCGACUUGUUGCUCAGCGCAGCGGCACGCGCACAGCAGACAUUUGUGCGCGUGCCGCUCCGCGCGUCAGUCACGGAUGGUUGGAUGAAGGAUGGACGAAGGUUGGAUGAAGGAGCUACAGGUUGAGGAUCUUUUCCUCCGUCAUGUUUUGUCUCAGAUGUUGAGUCUGGUGCGCGUGCGCGCAGCCCUCACCUUGUUUUGGGGUCAGACACCUGAGCGCGCGCCUCAGCCCGGUGCAGACGGCAGCAGAACCGGAUGUUUGUUCUGAAACCAGCUGAUUUCUGUGCACAAGUAACUGAUCAGGUUCGCGCGCACGUGUGUUUUAUUUCCCCUCGGAGCGUGCACGCGCGUCGGGCACGGCUGUUUAAAACGCGGCGGCUGUGAAACCGAACCUCAGUCCGGACCACAGGAGGGAGGACAGAGCCAUGCAGACAGGACCAGAACCUGGACCAGGACCAGAGCCAGAGCCGUGACCGUGUGGCACUGACGGACACGCGCAGCCGGAGCGGGUCAGACCGGACCGGACCGGACAAUGACCGUGGUGUCAGAGGAGAACCUGGACGAGUCCGUGGCUCUGGCCGCGCAGGACGUGCUGGACCCGGACCAGAACCAGGAGGAGAACCAGGACUGCUGCGAGCGCGUGGUCAUCAACAUCUCGGGGCUGCGCUUCGAGACCCAGCUGAAGACCCUGGCCCAGUUCCCGGCCACCCUGCUGGGGGACCCCCGGAAACGGAUGCGCUUCUUCGACCCGCUCAGGAACGAGUACUUCUUCGACCGGAACCGGCCCAGCUUCGACGCCAUCCUGUACUUCUACCAGUCCGGGGGUCGGCUCCGGAGACCCGUCAACGUCCCGGUGGACAUCUUCCUGGAGGAGGUCCGGUUCUACGAGCUGGGGGAGGACGUGGUGGAGAACUUCAAGGAGGACGAAGGUUUCAUCAAGGAGGAGGAGAAACCUCUGCCCCAGAACCAGUUCCAGCGCCAGGUCUGGCUCCUGUUCGAGUACCCGGAGAGUUCUGGUCCRGCCCGGGGCAUCGCCAUCGUCUCGGUUCUGGUCAUCCUCAUCUCCAUCGUCAUCUUCUGCCUGGAGACCCUGCCUGAGUUCCGGGAGGAGGUCCGGGUGUUGGAGGAGCCACAGCGGGCGGGGAACGGGACCGGGGCUCGGGGGGUCCGACCCGACCCGUUCACGGACCCGUUCUUCAUCGUGGAGACCCUGUGCAUCAUCUGGUUCUCCUUCGAGCUGCUGGUCCGGUUCCUGGCCUGCCCCAGCAAGGCGGCCUUCUUYAAGAACCUGCUGAACAGCAUCGACAUCGUGGCCAUCAUGCCCUACUUCAUCACGCUGGGCCUGGAGCUGGCCCAGCACCAGGGCCCGGGUCAGCAGGCCACGAGCCUGGCCAUCCUCAGGGUCAUCCGCCUGGUCCGGGUCUUCAGGAUCUUCAAGCUGUCCCGCCACUCCAAGGGUCUGCAGAUCCUGGGUCAGACCCUGAAGGCCAGCAUGAGGGAGCUGGGUCUGCUCAUCUUCUUCCUCUUCAUCGGAGUCAUCCUCUUCUCCAGCGCGGUCUACUUCGCAGAGACCGACGACCCGGACUCCGAGUUCUCCAGCAUCCCGGAUGCUUUCUGGUGGGCCGUGGUGUCCAUGACCACGGUG